AUGAUGACCUAACCUAGCCCUCCUCCUCCCGACCUUUUCCGCUCAUUCCGCUGCACCCUCGCCCACAGCACCACCAUGUACUGCCUCCAGUGGCUGCUGCCGGUACUGCUUAUCCCCAAGCCGCUCAACCCGGCGCUCUGGUUCAACCACUCCAUGUUCAUGGGCUUCUACCUGCUCAGCUUCCUGUUGGAGAGGAAGCCCUGCACAAUCUGCGCCCUGGUCUUUCUGGCUGCGCUCUUCCUGAUCUGCUACAGCUGCUGGGGCAACUGCUUCCUGUACCACUGUCCCGACUCCGCCCUCCCCGACUCCGCCCACGACCCGGCUAUAGUGGGCACUUAAAGGCCACCAGAAUGGAGUACCUGUGAUUGUAGGGUACCAAAAUGGAGGACUGAAAAAAGUGUGAGAAAAGGGAUGGGGGACUGAUGCUGUCAUGCUGUACGAACAGACUAAAUAAAAUGCAUAAAAAACGUUAAAAUGCGGUUUUUGGUCAAGCUGUAGAGACUUCAACUAAGAGGAACACGUGCAGACAUGACACAGCAUUUCACUUUUCAAAUUUUUUGAGUUAAAAAACAAAAUCUGUUCAGUAUUUCCUGUUCGCCAGUCCCUAAACGACUAAAUGGAACCCAAACUUAUGAAAUGUGUUGAAAAGACUAUUUAAGAAAGAAACUACCAAAAAUCUACAUCAUAGAGGUAUCAAAAUGUCCGGCCGGGCAGUGUUAUACAAAGAGAGACUAGUCCAUCAACAAGCAAUGGUUAACUAAUUAGUUGACAAAUUUUAACUCAAAUGAUUUAUUUGGCAGAUUACAAAAAAAAUCUUGCUUAUAGUUGGAUUUUGUGUUAAUUAUUUUAGCAAAGUUUUAUCUGCCAGAUGGCUAAUCCAGCACUUUUUUUUGACCAAAUCAUAUGGUCUUUUUUUUUUUCAUAGUCCCCAAACUGAGCACACUGGACAAUCAAUUCCAAUGCUGUGAAUACCCCAUAAAACUACAUUACCCAGGAUGCUUUGACUUAAGAAUCUCCUCACCUUUUUCCAUUUUGCUAAUCCCGGCGGAAGUUUCACCUCUUGUUUUGUUACUGUUCAUUUGUGGUCUACUAGUGCAUGGGUUGCCUUUUAGGUUUUUUUUUCUUCCACGCAAGAUAUUUUAACAGUUGAUUGAAAUGAAAUUGCUGAUAAUUUUUGUUCCAAGGGGUAGACUCGUGUGAAUGUGAGAGGUAGUGCAAUAGUUUGGUGUUCAUGAGAUGCUGGUUUGAUGGGGAGACUCUAUAAGGCCUGAUUAUUGACCAAUGUGUAAUACAGGAUUUCCAUUGACACUAUUUGACGUUAAAAAAAAUGUUUGCAACUAUGAUCAAUUUCACGUUUUAAAUUCACUCUUGCAUUCUUUAUGCAUGUUUUAGCCACUAUGGGCCUUAGGUGGAGUAAACCUAAACAAUGGACAGUACUUGCAUUUUAGCAUUUUUAAACCCAACGCAGUAUAAGAAAAAUAUCUUUGUUAAAAUUAUUAUUGGUGAUUAGCUAGCAUGUAGCACAGAUAUUGCUAAUAUUUUACAUUUUUUAAUUCUGGUAUGAAAUUUUGACAAAAUAGAAGACUAGGUAUUUUUCAAAUUCAAAAUGGCGUCUUUCUGGUAGUCCAUUUGUUGCAAGGACUUUUGAAAAAAUUGAGUGAUUAUCUUUAACUUUGAAAAACCUUUUUCAUUUUAAAGGGCCCAUGUUUCACUAUUUUCUUAUCUGUUAUAAGAUAGUUUCCUUAUCAAUAACACACCCUGAGAUGUUUUGUUUCAUUCACAUGUUUAACACACCAUCCCUGCAUAUUGAGGCUUCUUUCAGAAAACACUGUUCCACCUUGUGAUGUCACAUGGUCAUACAGGAAGUGCUCCACCUACACUUGAAUUUGGAUAAUUUUAGAACUAGAAUUGACAAUCUCUACUUAACUAAAGGUAAAAGGAGCUGUUAACUUGAAAAUUACAGCUUCAUGACAUCACAAGGUGGAACAGAGCAUUUUGAGUUUUGGAGAUGUGGACACAUAAAUGGUUACUCAAAUGUGUGAAUGACACAAAACACAACUCCAGGUGUGUUUUUGAUGAGUUAAGAACAUUAUAACAUGAAUAAGAGUCAAUUUUGCAAUAACAUAGGACUUAUAAUAGACCAAGUAGGACAGGAUAAAAUACAAACGUUAAGAUCCAUAGUGGCUGGAAUAGACUGUAAAUAGGCACAUUUUGUAGAUUUUUAAAAAUUUCUUUUCCCAUUUACCAUCUUUUUAAAGUUGCAAACUGUAUUUUCAUGUCAACUAGCACCACUGUCCAUAUCUCCUUACCGUGUUGAGGCCUCAAAAUUAAAGUGGUCAGUAUUUUCACCACACAAAGCAAUACGAAUGCUGUUGGAUGCAUUAUGGGAGGUGAGCUGCCUAAGCGCUGUGUAUUCGAUGCUGUUGGUUAUUUCUAUCAUCUCUUAAGUAUUCUGUUGUCAUCACACACAGUUUAUGGUGUUUACUGGUGAGUGAGCUGUGGAGCUAGCCCCUGUAGCAGACAAUACACAAUACUGCUGCACUGUUGCUUUGGUUUUAAUUUAAAUAAAGUUUUUUU